AUGGAUGAUAAUGAUGAUCAAUAUCGUUGGGAAUCAGGCUAUGAAAGAACUUGGGAAGUUAUUCAAGAAGAUGAAAGUGGUUCAAUUACAGCUACUGUUAAUGCUAUUAAUCAGAAAAAUCGACGUAAAGAAUUAGCACAAUUACCAAAUGUUCGCCUUGGCAUGAUGCGUCAUCUCUAUUUAGUUCUCGAUAUGUCAGAUGCAAUGAAAGAUCAAGAUCUUCGACCUAAUCGACUAUUUUGUUCUAUUGAACUUUUAAAAGAAUUUAUAUUUCUUUAUUUUGAUUCAAAUCCAAUAUCUCAAAUAGGUAUAAUAAUAACACGAAAGAAACGUACAGAAAAAAUAAGUGAAUUAGCUGGUAAUCCACGUUCACAUGUUGCAUUACUUGAACAAUUAAAAUAUCAAGAAUGCGAAGGUGAAGCAUCAAUACAAAAUGCACUUGAAAUGGGAUUACAAACAUUGAAACAUAUGCCAAAAUAUUCUAGUCGUGAAAUGCUUUUUGUACUUGGAUGUUUAACAACAUGUGAUCCUGGAAAUAUUUCACAAACAAUUAAAAUUUGUAAAGAAAAUGAAAUUCGUUGUUCAGUGAUUAGUCUUUCAGCUGAAGUUCGAAUUUUUCGAAAAUUAUGCGUUGAUACUAAAGGUUUAUAUCAUGUCAUUGUUGAUUCAAGUCAUUUUCAAGAAUUAUUACAAAUUCAUUCUCGACCAUUACCAGCUUUAGAUAAAUUUGAAUCAUCACUUGUACGUAUGGGCUUUCCAAAAUAUCGAACAUAUACAACAUCAAAUGCAAAUAUAUCAUCAACAACAACAAGUAGUACAAAACAUGAAAAAGCUUCAAUGUGUAUGUGUCAUUUGGAACAACGUGGUGGAACAAAUGGUUUUUCUAUAGGUGGUUAUUUUUGUCCAACAUGUGAGAGUAAAUAUUGUGAAUUACCAACAGAAUGUAGUAUAUGUCAUUUAACACUUGUAUCAGCACCACAUUUAGCACGAUCAUAUCAUUUUUUAUUUCCAAUUGAACAAUUUAUUGAAAUAACACUUGAUAAAUCAAUAAGUAAAAAAUGUUUUGCAUGUCAACAUAUAUUUGAUGAACAAAAACAUAAAAAUAUAUAUCAAUGUACAAGUUGUAAAAAUGUUUUUUGUUUCGAAUGUGAUCUUUUUAUACAUGGAACUAUAUUUACAUGUCCGGGUUGUAUACGUUAUGGACAAUUAAAAUAA